AUUUUAUUUUUCUAGUUCAGAAGAGUCAAAAUCCAGAAUGAUGGAUUUCACCCGUUCUCGUUAUGCAGGAACGGGUGAUAAGCCACCUUACAAGAAUGUUCACCAUACUCAAAAAGCUUUUGAAGUUAUGAGUAUAUUGAGGAAGCAGAACUUGCUUUGUGAUGUUACAUUGGUUGCGGACAGUGCUGAAAUACCAGCACACAAAAUGGUACUCGCUUCGUGUAGUCCUUAUUUUUAUGCCAUGUUUACGGGAUUUACUGAGAGCAAGGCAGAUAAAAUUACUAUUCAGGGUGUCGACGGCCAGGCUUUGCAGCUGCUUAUUGACUAUGUGUAUUCUGCAGAAAUACAAGUCACCGAAGAUAAUGUACAGGUUUUGUUGCCAGCAGCCAAUUUACUGCAGUUAACGGAUGUACGUGAUGCAUGUUGUGAUUUCUUGCAAGCGCAGCUCCAUCCUUCUAACUGUCUUGGAAUACGUGCAUUUGCUGAUUUACACAGUUGUCUAGAAUUGCUGAGUUAUGCUGAAGCUUACACAGAGCAACACUUUGUGUAAUAGUUGAUUUUCUUUCUUGUGGUAUUUGAAUGAAAAGUAACGGAAGCAUUUGAUGUAUGUAAAAUUUUCUAAAAUAGGCUCAGAGAUUAAGUCUUGGAAAGAUAUAAACUUUAGAAUUUAAAAAUUAUCCAUUGUGACAUAAA